CUUAACUUAUAAUCGAACGGAAAGUUUUUAAGAGUCCGUCACCCUAUAUCGAUCUUAUUGCACUUUCGAUAUUCAUUUUCAAUCUUGAAAUAUGUUUCUAAAUCGUGCGACAGUUAUUAUAUUUACGUUCGUCGUAAUGGCGAUCAUCAUCCUAUGCGUAUCCUCACCGAUACAGGAAAAUAUUUUGACUUGUGACUGUAAUCAUUGUGAUGAGAUGAACAUGAAGAAUACGAUUGAUCUUAAAGAAAAGGAAAUGACUACUACUACUCCGAUAAUUACAGAUGAAAAAAAAACGAAUGAAAAAGAAAUCAACGAUGAUGGAACAAUAAUUUGUGCCAGAGAUCGCGACUUAGAAGAUAAAACCUUUCCGAGCAUGUGUCACAUGCUUUGUUACAACCAAUGUACACGUUUUCGUAUUGCUACGCAAAAACACAAGAAUAUUACGAGAUUUAUUAAUGCUAUAUAUAGAACGAAUUACUACAAAUUGUGGGAUGGUCCUUGUUAAAGAGAAAAAAACAAUCAAGGAAGGAAAAAUAUCAAACAUUUAUCUAAUAUCUAUC